AUGUCGGAGCAGCAAAGUGCCCCGGAACAGCUAGCUGCAGGGAAAAGUCAAGGAGGGGCAGGCGGCACCUUCAAGGUGGUGCUGUUUGAGCUUGAGAACUUCCAGGGUCGUAAACUGGAGCUGUCGGCAGAGUGUAAGGAUGUGACUGAGAAGAGCCUGGACAAGGUGGCUUCAGUGAAGGUGGACUCUGGGCCGUGGGUUGCGUUUGAGCAGCAGGGCUUUAAAGGAGAGCAGUUUGUGCUGGAGAAAGGCGAAUAUCCACGCUGGACCACCUGGACCAACAGCCAAAACAGCUACAGCCUGAUGUCUGUGCGACCAGUUAAAAUUGAUGGCGCGGAGCACAAACUUCACCUUUUUGAAUCUGUGGGCUUUGCGGGGAGGAAGAUGGAGAUUGUGGAUGAUGAUGUGCCCAGCCUCUGGGCCCAUGGUUUCCAGGACCGUGUGGGCAGUGUGAAGGCACUGAAUGGAACAUGGGUGGGGUACACAUACCCGGGCUACAGGGGGCGCCAGUAUGUGUUUGAGAAGGGAGAAUUCAAGCACUACAAUGACUGGGGGGCAGCACUGCCAGAGAUCCAGUCAGUGCGGCGUGUGCGUGACAUGCAAUGGCACAAGAGGGGCUGCUUCAGCGUCCCUGCCCCUGCCCCUGCCCCUGCUCCUGCUCCUGGUCCCGGCCCCGGCCCCGCCCCUGCCCCCGCGCCAGCGCCCGCCCCUGCACCCGCGCCUACACCCACGCCCCCUCCUCCUGCCCCACCCGCUGCUGCAGGCUCCAGCUGA